CCCAAUUUUUUUAAUUGUUUUUGUAGGGAAAGGCUUCUACCAAGAGAUCAUCAAACAGAGGCAGCGAAAGAAGAAGAAUCAAUCAGCCAUUGAAGACAUCACAGAUGGUUCCAUCUACACCAGUAAUCAACAACUCCAGGACAAGCAUAACAUUUCUUUCCUGAUGAACACGGAUGGGAUAAAAGUCUUCCGUUCAUCGAACUACGGCCUGUGGCCAGUAUAUCUGGCAAUCAAUGAACUGCCUUUUAGAAUGCGAACACGCCGUGAGAACAUGGUAUUUGCUGGCCUUUGGUUUGGUGAAUAUAAACCAAAGAUGAGGAUCUUCCUCCCUCCUCUGGCAAAAAGCAUCAAGGCUCUUGCAGAUGGAUUUCAAGUGAGACCACCUGACACGACUCCCUUUGAGUGCAAGGCAUUUCUCUUGGCCUGUUCAUGCGAUCUGCAGGCGAAGGCUCUUGUGAUGGACAUGGUGGCACACAAUGGAUAUUAUGGCUGUCCAAAAUGUCUACAGAAAGGCACACAUAAUGAUCGUCGGCACCAGUAUCCAUGUGGUGCUGAAGGUGCACAAGACCCCCUGAGAACACAUGAAGAAACCCUUGCCCAUGCCAGGGAGGCACACAUACAACAGACUACGGUGUAUGGAAUCAAGGGACCGUCCUGGCUGAACCUUGCUCCAAGGUUCAAUCUCAUAAGUGGGAUGACGAUCGAUUACAUGCACGGUAGCCUUCUGGGAAUAACAAAGGCUCUCAUGAGCCUUUGGUUCAAGUCUGCCAAAACACAAAGGUACUACUGUGGGCACCAUUUGCAGGAAAUUGAUGAGAUGAUGCUAGCGAUGAGGCCACCUCUUGAUAUUCACCGAACUCCGAGAGCAAUACAAGACCACAUGCAGCACUGGAAAGCAUCGGAGUACAGGGCCUGGUUAUUAUUCUACAGCCUCCCCAUCAUGCAGCAUUUCCUGCCACCCGACUACUAUGAAAACUACACCCUGCUGGUCACUGGGCUUCACAUCCUUCUCAAAGACACCAUAACUGAAGCAGAGCUGCAGUCAGCAGAUGACCACCUGAAGCAGUUUGUCAAUGGGUUUGAAAAGCUGUAUGGAACCUCUCGAGUAUCCCUCAAUGUGCAUUCACUGCUUCACUAUGCGGACACAGUGAGGGAACUGGGGCCAUUAUGGGCCCAUUCCUGCUUUUUCUUCGAAGAUGUUAACGGCCAAGUGCUGCGACUGAUCCAUGGUACGCAGGCAGUGGAAGAGCAGGUCUUAAGAGCUGUUGCAAUCCUGCAGAGGUUUGCAGAGAUGGGUGACCAGUGCUUUGAGCCGGGAACACCCGCAAAGAAGCUGUGGGACAAGCUGAACAGUGUCGUUCAAUCACCGGAGGAAAGGUCAAAUUUCGAACAAAUUGCCAGAGGCUACUACAUGGUCGGCUCCUUAAAGGAGGAGUUGCGAAGGGCAAAUGGAACGUAUGGCAGUUUGAAGAAAUGUCAUGUCGAUGUGGUGCUGGCCAAUGUAGAAUUUGUGCCAGAACGAUUCAUGGUGUACCAGAGACUGAUGAAGGAAGGCGAGAUGAUACACUCUCGCUUAUACACUAGAGCUGUCAGGCACAAUUCAUACACAAUUGCUUUUGUGUCAAAUGGUAUCACCUGUUUUGGGGAAGUGCUGUACUUUCUACAGGCAUCUGUUCGAACAUGCAGCUGCAGUGCUACAGCAAACUGUCAGUGUGACUUAGUCGAAUCCCGUCAUUAUGCAAUUGUGCAGUGCUUUCAGCCUGUUGGUCCUGCCCAAGGGGAUUUGGAAAAUUCACAUCCUUUGUAUUCCGUUCCCCACAUUUUCAAAUGUAGAAAGACAGAAGCAUGUGCUGCUGUAAAGUUGAGUAACAUAUCUGGUAAGGUGGUGAGCAUGUACAUCAAGGGCAACAGCUAUGUAGCAACAUUUCCAAAUAGGGUUGAAAAAGACUGACUUACAUUCACCCCCUGUAAAACAAUAGCUGUUGCUAUAAGUACAACCUCUGUCCCUGUAAAACUUGGAACUGACCCUAUUCUGUACUCUGUAUCACCCUCAUGCUGGGCAGGGUUUUGGGGGGACAUGAUGUUGGACAUGUCUCAUUGGCUAAGGUGUGUUACUAGCUUGAUGUUGGCACAGUUUUCAAUUUGGCAAAUGUUUGCUUUAGUUCUAUAAAGUAUGUAUACAGUUUUCAAGUUGUUUUUUUUAUUUUGCACUAAGUUGCUAGUUAAUUAACCCUUUUGUACAAAUGUAUUUCUUCAAUUCUUGUCUCAGAAAGAAACACAUCUUUCAUGCAGUUCUUGAAUAUAUUCCAAAUUAACAGCAGGGUUAAGCCAAAAAUUUUGGAAGCCAUGUCUGAUAUGCAUUUGGUUUUACAUCGGUGAUCUUUUUCAGAAUGAGCUGUCAUUCACAAUAGACAUUAAAGCAGUUUCUUUCGAGCAUUGUCUUUAAUGUUAUGUACUGAGUCUGCACCUUCCUAAUCUGGAGUCAAUUCUUAACAUGGAGCCAAUCAGUUUCCCUGCCGGUUUGUCACCUCGAACCACAUGCGCUGUCACGCCACAGGUGAAAUGGUUGGGAGUGGGCCGUAUACAUGUAGUUGCUUGUUGGUUACACAGUCUCUCCAUGAAACAUUAUAUACCUUUCUUUCAACAUUUUCAUGUAAGUAACAUCCAAUUUUUUGCUCUUGGCUCACAACUGUUAUAAGGAAAGUAAGUAAAGGCACUCGUCGGUCUCGCAGGACCAUGAGUAGUACUACAUAUAAAUUCUACAAAAUGCACUGUUAUAAUAGAAUAGAAUCAGUACAGACUUUAAACAAUUUGUUUUUGUGUUUUUUGACAAUCUUAAUCAUUGUGUAAUACUAGUGCUUACUUGUUGACCUUAAUGUGUUUUAAUGUUAAUGCUAUCAUAGGGUGAUAAGCUGUAGGUCUUUUUAAAGAGGAUGUUUGUACUAGAAAUGUGAUUCACCCUCAGACUGCCAGGUAUCUACAAAAUAUAUAUUAACUAUCCUAUUCUAUAUAAUCUAUAUAAUCUAUUCUAAUACAUGUAUGUCACUUGGACAGCCCAGCCUUAUUGUAGCUAAACAGAAGUAUGCUCUCUAGAUCUUUAAAAGGCCUGUCAUUUGUUAGACUAAGUUAAUUAAAUCUAAGCCAGUAUCUUAUCAACUGUGCUUGCAUAUCAAUGUACAUUGUAUAGCUAGUGGGAAAACUCCCUGUUCAACUGACAGCAGCAUUAUAUCACUGUUACAGUUCCAAUAGAUUGUAGGUUUCUUCCAAAUAUUUUCCUCCCAAGUCCAUAAAUGUAACAUUGUUCGACUCUCCAUUUGUAACAUAUCCGUAGUAAUAAACAUCUUGAAAAAUUACUUCUUUUCUGACAGGUUCUUUUUAUUAGGAAAUAAGUAUCAAUUCGUAUUUCAUAUUGAAACCUUAUUCCGUCCAUGGUAUUGUUUGUUAUUAACACAUGGCACACUUUUCAUACACUCAAACUCAUGGCCCUCAGCGCUCGUUGCCUCAGAGAAUGGUCAUUUGAUGACUGAAAUUUUGACACAUGGAUGGAACAACAUGCAUAUACUUGAAUAGGAAAUGCAUUCAUGUCGCCAAGAAACUUUCGCGCUGCGUGUUACAAGCGGCAAACACUGUGAGACAAUUCUUUUGACAGUAAAAUCCUGACUGUUAGUGUAUGUACUUCUUAUUUUAAUGAGGACACCAAGAACAAUCCAGCUGAUAUUUUGACGGGCAAUGGGCUGAAUGCACUGAUUGUGAAUGCAUUACGAAAAAGCGACACUGCCAACAUCAACAAAACUCUGUCUAAUUAUCAGAAAAUAUCAUCUACAUCUCUCUAUCAA